AGCGGAAGUAGUUCAGUGUUGUCCGCACGUGUGUUUGAAAGCCGCCGAGAAUGGGGAAAAGCGACCGAUUACAGCAGGGAUCGAAGGGUAAAGGCGGAGGGAAGCGGAAACACGGCAAAUGUGUGCUGAUGUUCGACGACAAGGACCGACAGGAUUUCCUGACAGGUUUCCACAAGAGGAAGCUGGAGCGGCGCAGAGCAGCUCUGGAGGAGAUGAAGAGCAAACUGAAGGAGGAGCAGAAACGCCUCAGAGAGGAGAGACACAAAGAGUAUCUGAAGAUGCUGCAGGAGCGACGCCAGGCUCUAGAUGAGGCAGACGAGCUGGAGGAGGCGAUCACCGCGACCACAGAGUGUGUUCAGUACGAUCAUCCAAACCACACCGUCACCGUGACGACCAUCAGCGACCUCGACCUAUCAGCAGACAGAUUGCUGGAGCCGGCACAGAGAGAUGGAGGUGAUGGUGAGGAGCGAGAGAGAACUGAAGCUCUUCCCAAGCAGGCUGGAAACCCUCUGCUGUCCAAGAAGAUUCAGAGCCUCACGGCGUCCCUCAACAGUCUGGUUAAACAGAAGAAGAGGAGAAAACAGAAGCGGAGACAGGAAGCCAAGCAGAGGAGUCAUCAGAGCGACAGGAAGUCGUCAUCAUCAGCAUUCGUCCACAACAACAAGCAGAAACAGGGCAAGAGCACCAAGAGGCAGCGGCGCAGGCAGACCGGCCGCAACGAGCGCAGUCAGGACUGAACAGUCACUACAUCAAUGACUCACUGAAUCAAUGACUCACUGAAUCAAUGACUCGCUGAAUCGUUGACUCGCUGAAUGAAUGACUCGCUGAAUCAAUGACUUGCUAAAUCCAUACUCAAUAAAUCGUUGACUCGCUGAAUCAAUGACUCGCUGAAUCGUUGACUCGCUGAAUCAAUGACUCAUUGAAUCAAUGACUCGCUGAAUCGUUGACUCGCUGAAUCGUUGACUCGCUGACUCGUUGACUCGCUGAAUCGUUGACUUGCUGAAUCGUUGACUCGCUGAAUCGUUGACUCGCUGAAUCGUUGACUCGCUGAAUCGUUGACUCGCUGAAUCAAUGACUCGCUGAAUCAAUGACUCACUGAAUCAAUGACUCUCUGAAUCCAGACCCACUGAAUCGUUGACUCGCUGAAUCGCUGACUCGCUGAAUAAAUGACUCACUGAAUCGUUGACUUGCUGAAUCAAUGACUUGCUUGUUCAGGCUCACUGAAUCAGCCCAGUGUUAAACUCUGAGCUCUCAGCGUUCACCGUGUGUGUGUGUGUGUGUGUGUGUGUGUGUGUGUGUGUGUGUGUGUGUGUGUGUGUGUGUUUCAUGUUGGAUAUCUUCAGAAAAUGAAUCAGUUCUUCAGUUUAAAGUGCCAUAUGUUGAUUUCUGAGUUCUUCAGUAGUUCUUCAGCCUUUUCUAUGUGCUGAGAGCUGCGUUACAUCAUCAUUAAAGGAGCCGUGAAAACGA